ACUCCUUAUCUGAGGGGGACUUUUCUGAAAGAGAAGGAAACCACUUGGGCCUCCAGGACAGGAAGGGUUGAUGUAAACUAACUGCAGGUGAGACAGAAAUAGGUGCCCUGCUGGCUAAGGAAGGAGAAAAGUAGCUCGAAGGACAGCUGGAACCUCAGCUCCCCAGUGCUGCCUCAUCAUUCUAGUAUGUACUUUCGGUGGCUGUAAAACUUCUAACAGCAGGAGGAGUGUGGACUUGACUCUAACCACAGGGAGACUGCAACGGGAUGAGAUGAUUGACUACCUUGGAGCAAAGGGUUCUGGGUUGAAAUGAACCUCUUAAGAGUGACAGUUGUCUCAGGUAGUGGAGGAGCAAGUUAAUACAUGUGCUUUAUCCAAAUACACCUCUACCUCAAUAUAACGUGGCCUGAUAUAACACGAAUUCGGAUAUAACGCGGUAAAGCAGCGGGGACGGUGGAUCAAAGCAAGUUCAAUAUAACGCGGUUUCACCUAUAACGCGGUAAGAUUUUUUGGCUCCCGAGGACAGCGUUAUAUCGAGGUAGCGGUGUAGUCUGUAUGCAGAGCCUUGCGUUCCUCCACCUACAAUUCUAACUGAGAUCUGCCGAUCGCUUGCUGAGAGCGUUUGGAGAGAGAAUGUUUAUGGUCCAACAUGUAUUGGGCUAGCAGUAGGCUGGGAGUGGGGAGCCAGGAGGGGAACAGCAGGGGUUAUACUUUUAAGGUCAGGAUUUAAUAGCAUUGGGCAGGGCUAUGUAGGAGGAAGCUUGUGUGACUUCUGUCCAUGCUACGUUUGGCUCCAGCCGGAGCAAUAACUUCCUCCGUUCCCCGGUCAACUAAGUUGCCAAACUUCAGAGACUAGAUUUUAGAGGCACUGGGGCAGUUACUAAACUGAGGUCGCUGCUUGCUGGAUUUCUUACAAUAGCGGGUCUUAAAGCUUGACAUCCAAGAUCUCUUUAGAUAACAGCAGGGUGGAAGAUGCCACGCUCUGCUGUCUCUGUUUCGUGUGUUCUUCACGUGCAAGCUCUUCUCAGACGUAUUGCAUGAGGCUCACUAGGUAAGACUGUGUCUAUACCUCUCUUCUCCUUCCUUUCCUCUUCCUCCCGCCAGAGCCCCCAGCCCGAAAAAGCAAAUGUGGCAUGUUUCCAGAGAACCCUUAGUUGCUGUGCUGCAGUGGCUAUGGAGAGCAGUUGGAAUGUUCAGAAGGAGAAUGAAGAGUUGAAGAUGACAUGUCUGAGCCUGAGUGAAGAGGACAGUGGACUUGUCAUAGUGGCACAGAAAUGUUUUGGGGCAGGGUGACUACCGGGAGCACAGUUGCUCGCUGGGGAGAGGAGGCAGAGUUGGAGCCAGGAGGUUACCGUGGGGGAGAGGAGGAGGCAGGAACAGAGCGCACACAGCUGCUGGUGAGCGUCCUGAAGGGAAUGCUGGGAAGUGGCUGGACAGGAGGGAGGGGAGCUGGAAGAGCUCGGUGCCCUGAAAACCCAGGGGGUUACGCUCGGUAGAAAUUCCCUAGUGUUGUUCAGGAUACCUUCCACCCUUGUCUCAUCUUUCUGGUACUAGGGCAGCAAACUGUCCUCCUGUCUGGCCUGCUGUGCCCCCGUGUGUUGUAUCUGACUCUGUUGCCGUGUCCCUGCUGGCUUUUGUCUGUUCUCCCUCUGUCCUUUUAUUAUUUGCAUUAGAGUAAUGCCUAGAGAUCCCUAGUCAAGUCAGGUGCCCCCAAAGAGCUUCCAAUCUAAACAGACGAGUCAGAGGAGGGUAUGAUCCCUGCUUUCCAGAUAGGGAACCGAGGCUCGGAUUUUGGGCAAGUCAUAUGACUGUGUUGCAGAGCCAGAAACAUGAACCCAGGACUCCUGAGUCCCCGUCCAGUGGUGUAACCCCAAGGCCAGGCAUCCAUCCAUCUUUCCAUCCCUUGUUGUGUGUCCUAGCUCUCUCUGGGCCUUGCUUUCUGUUCUCACUCCUUGCUGCUUCUCUCAACCAAUUCCCUCCGCUGCCUCCACCUCUUUUCCCCAUUCUGUUCUCUCCCUCUCUGCAGUGUUGUCUCCCUGACCAGCCCACAAGCUAUAGGAAAUACUUGAGGGCCUGUUGUCCAGGGAGAAUGGCUGUUUGCUCUGGGCCCAAACCUGCUUUCACCGCAGUCUCUCAAUUGCUGCAGUCGGAGCAGAAGCAGGCCCCUUGUGCCCAGGGGAGUGACUCCGAGCCGCAUGGUGCCGCACACUUCCAUGCACGUAUAUUGCAUAUCUCCGAGGCUGUGAUGCUUGCUGGUUCUACUUGUGGUUUGUUACUUAAAGGUGAAUUGUGACACUCCUGCGGUAGGAAUGGAAACAGAGCCUGGAUCAGCCCAGCAGUAAUUAAAGCAUAUUUCUCUCUUUGUGUUUCCGCAAAUUAACGACCGGUUUCCAGCCAGUUGCUAAUACUGCCUGUGGGGCUGCCACCAUUGGUCACCCCAGUAGCAGACUUGUCUCUUGGUUUGCCGGAUGUUUUCAGCCCAAGUGGAACUGCUGCUCAGAGGGCUGGCCCAGCAGCAGUGAACCUAGAUGCUGGGUGGAUUUCCAUGUCUACUCUCCUAAUCCUUCUGCAAACCUCUAAAGCUUCCUUGUUCCAUUUACAGGCUUUGAACGUUUGCCAUCUUAAGACACAGUAACCUCAUGCUUGGGAGGAAUAGUGCCUGGGCCUGCAGUCAGCAUGGCAUCUGGAGAGACUCCAGGCUUCAUCUUGGAACUAAGCAUCUGAUUGCUUCUUGACUUGCCCCCAGGAGAAAGAGGCCUUCCUUUUAAAUGCUAACCUAUCGGUUCUGUAGGGCACCCAGUUGCUAGAGCACUGAGAGUAGAAAGGCUCCUGAAAGCCUCUCCAUUGUUUUCUCUUCUCAGAUCUUAUUAGGGUGGCCAGAUGUCCUGAUUUUAUAGGGACAGUCCCAAUUUGGGGGUCUUUUUCUUAUAUUGGCUCCUAUUACCCCUCACCUCCUGUCCUGAUUUUUCACAUUUGCUGUCUGGUCAGCCUAGAUCUUAUCCAGGAAGCAGUUUAAACCCUUAGUCCAACUUGAUCAGCCUGAUUUCAUGGGGCGGGGGGAGGGGCAAGUCCUGAACCCUGGGUAAAGAUUCCUGGAGCUGGCCCUGGCAGUGGGGGUUGGGACCUGCUUGUUGUCAACACGGAUCUCAAAAUACCAAGAUGAACUAGAUGAAAGACGGUUGGGAACUUUGCUGGAUGUGUGUGGGGCACUUGUUCCCCCGCAGCCAAUCAGUGUCUCUUCACUGGGAGUCCUUUGGGUGCCUGUCAGUCCUGAGUGUAUCCACUCCCUGGUGGGCCUGUACAGGACCCUCCAUUCUGAGCACCUGUCAACAGCCUUCCGUAAAGGUGACCUGCAAGUAGAUGGAGAGCUCCGGGGCUGUGUGCUGCCAGCUUGCACGGCUGAUUGCUCUGCGUACCCGGCCUGUUUGGGAGAAGCGGUACAGACGUCCGUGUCAUCUGGUGUUAAGUAUCUGGGCAGGUCACCUCCGAGUGAUCUGUCCCCGCAGGAAUUGCUGGGUGCAUCCCGGGUGGGUGUGUCUAGCUUCGGGGAGGAGUGCGGGACUUAUAUUGACCCCUCCACAGGCCUAGGCUCUCCGGUUAUUCUGGAGGCUCCAUUGAGGCAUGCCGACACUGUGACUGCUGGGCGGGCUGGUGAGGUGGCGCCCUAUAAUAGCCUGCCAGGGUGAGCCUCCCCUGGCAAUAGCACCGGGAGCUGGUCCUGUGACCAUGGCUGAACCAAAGAAACCCCAGGCCGGGAGCAUAGAGUUAGCCGCAGUUCCUGAUGUGACUGUUUCCACAGCCACUAUGUCCACCAGGAGGCUGCGCAGCGAGGACUACAACGACUACAGCUCCACAGAGGCUACGCCUGACGGGAGCCCCCCCGAAGGCAUAAACAGCUUUGCCUCUCCUUCAUCCUACCAGCGGUUCGGGGAGAGCAACGGGACAACAUGGUUUCAAACCUUGAUCCACCUGGUGAAAGGGAAUAUUGGCACUGGCCUGCUGGGACUGCCCCUGGCUGUGAAAAACGCUGGCAUCGUGCUGGGCCCGCUCAGUUUGCUGGUGAUGGGAAUCGCCGCAGUGCAUUGUAUGGGCAUCCUGGUUAAAUGCGCUCACCACUUCUGCAACAAAUAUCAAAGGCCUUUUGUGGACUAUGGAGAUGCUGUGAUGUACGGGCUGGAAGCCAGCCCUAGCGCUUGGCUUCGGACCCAUGCCAUCUGGGGAAGGUACGUAGUGGGAUUUUUCUUGAUUCUCACCCAGCUGGGGUUCUGCUGUGUGUAUUUCGUAUUUCUGGCUGACAAUCUGAAACAGGUGAUCUCUGCAGCAAAUGGCACCACCAAUGACUGCCAUUCCAACAAAACCACGGUGCUGACUCCCACCAUGGACUCCCGGUUGUUCAUCCUCUCCUUGCUGCCGUUCCUGGUGCUGCUCGUGUACAUACAGAAUCUCAAGUUCCUGUCCGUCUUCUCCAUGCUGGCCAACCUCGCCAUGCUGAGCAGUCUCAUCAUGAUAAAUUGGUAUAUCCUCACGGGCCUUCCGGAUCCCAGCAACCUGCCUCUCGUAGCGGGCUGGAAGACCUACCCUCUGUUUUUUGGCACGGCUAUCUUUGCUUUCGAAGGUAUCGGCGUGGUGCUCCCCCUGGAAAAUAAAAUGAAGAAUCCCCGGCACUUCCCGAUGAUCCUGUAUGUGGGAAUGGCCAUAGUCACCAUCUUGUACAUCAGCCUGGGGACCUUGGGAUACCUGCGAUUUGGAGCCAGCAUCCAGGCCAGCAUUACUCUCAACCUGCCCGACUGCUGGCUGUACCAGUCUGUCAAGCUGCUCUACUCCAUUGGGAUCUUCUUCACCUACGCGCUGCAGUUCUACGUCCCUGCGGAAAUCAUUGUGCCCGGGGCUGUUUCCCAGGUGCCGGAGCGCUGGGCGCUGUGGGUCAACCUGCUCCUCAGGACGUGCCUCGUCUGCGUGACAUGCCUCCUGGCAAUCCUGAUCCCCCGCCUGGACAUCGUCAUCUCUCUGGUGGGCUCCGUGAGCAGCAGUGCUCUCGCCCUCGUCAUCCCUCCCCUGCUGGAGAUCACCACCUAUUACUCCGACGGCCUCCACCCUGUCACCAUCGCCAAAGACAUCCUGAUCAGCGUCCUGGGCUUUGCGGGGUUUGUGGUGGGCACCUAUGAGUCCCUUUGGGCUCUGGCCACCCCCCCCAUUUCCAACACCACCAAUGCCUUGGUACAGUGACCCCUUUUCCUUCUCCCGCUCCACCACAGCAACGCCGUACAGCCUCUUGGCAGCUCACGGGGUUUUCAUCAGGGUCAUGACAGCGAAUCUCCCUUCCUUCUCUUUAAAGGCAUUUGUCCAGGAGAAGUGAGGGUCAGUGCACAACCAGAAAAGACAGGACCCUGAUUCCCUUUCCCUCUCCUCAUAGCGUGCGGUUCCCACUUCGGGGGUCUCAUUGCUUGGGUCUGGGAGCCCUGCAGAGAUGACUUGCGGCCCCUGGUUGGGAUGGAGUGCCUUCCUUCGCUCCACCGGGAUCCUUCUGGCAGAUUAAGAUGACAUACCUACAGGUGCCAAGGUACUGCAGUUUGAAGUGGACAUGCUCUAGACUAUAGAGUACCAAGGGGAGGGAAGAAACCUUUGGGCUCGUUCAGGGAUCUAGAUGACUGCUUCACAAGCAAGGGUACCUCUACCCUUCCCAAACUCCCCUCUGCCCAGAAAAAGAGAAUCUCCGAGUCUUUUCUGGUGCCAAUUCUUUUUUUUUUCAGCACUUUAAUUCAUGGCACCACAGCAAUUCCAGCCAGUGAGUGACACAUUAGAGCCCUCAUCCCUAAGAGCUGUAAAACCUGGAAAAUUACAGUGACAGCAAGGGGAAAAGGGAGCAGGAAACUGCACAAGGAGAGAGAAUCUCUUGUAUGCGCUGUCCUGGCAGGCUGACCGUCGCAGCCCGGUCUAACACUCACUGUGGGUAAGCCGGGCCUCGGUGGGUAGAGCACUCUCUAGCUUGAGGGGCCAAACACAUGAGCAUUAGAUGGCAACGUUUAUUGGAAGCCACAUUACAAACCCGUCUGUCAGGGCCUUUUUCAGCCUAGAUCCCCCUACCACACCCCAUCUCCGGCUCCGUCCAUUGUAGGUAGUGUGGGAUAAGGCAAGUCUGUGUGUUUGGGUUUCAGAGAGGAAUUGGGGGAUUGUGCUAAAUCCCUGGUUUAAGUUUAGUUGUGAUUUCCCCCCCCUCCCCCCAUCGUAGACUCUGUAUAAGGGAUACGGGGUUAUCGAAAGCAUUAGGAACAAGGUACCCACGGAACAGGCUGGGAGGGUGUCUGGGGGCUCCAAGGUACUUAACUGCUGAGGCAGUUAUUUUAUUCUUGAACUAGGAGCCCACUUUCCUUUACACCUUUUCUUUUAUAUAAAAAAAAAAAGGCGGCACGGGACAGGGAUGUCCCCUUGCCGGUACUUCUUUAAGCUCACUCCUCCUCCCCCUGGAACGCACCCCGCCUACAAGGGAUGUCUUGUGUUUACACCCACCAUAGCUACGCCCCUACCUCACUGUUUGUUCUAAAUCACUGAUCGCGCAAAUGCUGAAUCAUGACGCCGAGAACCGAAGGCACAUUGUUAUAAUGAACCUGCGUUCCUCUUCUCUUCCCCUGCUGGAUCUAUCCUUUGUUCUCCAGCUAGUUAAGUGGGGGUCCCACUACUUGCUAGGUAGGAAGAAGCGUUAUCUGUUUUACCCACUUGGUUUGAUUAGCGAGGGAAGGGAGCUGUCUCUUUCGUGUUCCUCUUUCAUUCAUUUCCCUUUACUUCACACUGGAUCUCUAGACAGCGAUAAGCUGUUUAAAGCUUUGUCAUGGUCAUGCUUCGGUAAGGAGUGGCUUGACACGACACCAUAGCUCUCAUUCAUGUGGCUUGUAACAGUUUGUCAAUGACCAAAGGACUAGAGUAAGCGAUCUUGGACCUGGAUGCAGGGUUUGAUUUUUAAAAAUCUCUUCCUUCUGGUUAGCGUAAGAGGAAGGCAUCACUCAACGUCUGAAUGAAAGCACUAAUGAAGGGAGUGUUCGUAAAGUGACGGCUGGAAAUCAAAUAGCGUCCCAGUAUAUGCUUCAGCACACAGACCCAUCCAGGACUACUUUGUAGUGAUUGUUUUUUGUAAUUUAGUUUUUUACAUCGAUUUUUAAAGGCGCUGCCAAGACCCCAGCAGGAUGGUUUGUUAAUCUCAUGUCUAAAAGUAAGCCCAGUCUGAAAGGGCAUUGGGCUGAACUAGGAUGGGGCAGGUAGGGCCAAUGUAUAUUCAUCUUGAAAUAGAAGCUUGGAAGCCAAACUUGCAGCAGGUGAUCGACAGAGGUUUGUUCCCAAAGCCCUGUGCUGUAAUAUGAAUGGUCUGAAGGGAGGGUUGAUGCUGUCUCUAAACCAUCCAAAACCUCUGAGCUCUUGGACGAGUGUAGCAAUGGAAAGAUCAGUCUGUACAAUGCCUGGAGCAUUUCAUUUCAUUAGAACGGGAGCAGGGUUUGAUUUCCCCUUGGCUGCAAAGUGGCUGACUUAGGUAACUAGCAGGGCCUAGCCGCUAGCCUCUACAGCCUGGAAAUGGAGUCUGUGUGCUUUUUUUUUUUAAUUGGCAAUUCCAAAACAUGGCUGGCAGGUCCUGCUGCACCCAAGAGGUUGGGUUGUGACUACCUGACCCCGAGGGCUUUACUGGAAGGUGUCAAUUUAUGCUGCGGCAAUACCAAGGAUUGGUUUUAAAGGGUACACUAGUAAAUGGGGUUAUUGUGUUUUUUGCUGUUUCUUCAAAAGCUGCUUGUCUCUCCAGGAGCCCUUAGGGAGAUGUUUAGGAAGCAAUUGUGGACCUACAUUUUCUGUGCUUCUCUCUCCCUGUACAUUCCUAACACAGAUGUUUUCAUUAAAUGGAGAGUUCACUUCCUUAAUCAGCUCCUGUUACUCAGGUUGUUUCCUGAAGCAAACAAACCCUUCACAGAUUAAGUUCAGAUCUCCUUGAAAACAGCCUGACCAAAACAAUGCAUAUUGGCACCUCUCCAACCCCUGGCGUGGGCCAAGCUUCUUUUCCGCUCUCUCUUACCUCUCCUUCAAAGCCUCAAAGUGUGUCCUCCCGGGGGCACACCUUUCCUUUAGAGAUCCUCUCUCCCACCCCGCAGAUACCCUGCUCUCUCUGCAGCCUCAGUGCAGCCAACAGAUUCUAGGAACAGGUCCCAUCUGGUCCGAGAGCCAGCCCUGGUUUCAGCAAGGAACACUGUGAUUGGUUUGAACUGAACUUGAGGAAAUACAGGCAAAUUUGGCAUGCGAGCAUCUUGUUUCUGACACUGGAGAACAGCGGGGCUUACAGUUCUUUGGUGUUUGACCUCUUUUGAGAGAAGACCAAAUGCCAGGAUGAGAAGGUAUCUGGAGAUGAGCUCCAAUACAUAAACUGCCUCCAGGUCCUUCCUAUUGUACGGAGGCUACGUAAGUAGCCUCUUUCCCCGCAAUGCAGCCGCAGUAUAGAAAUUGCAUUUGGUUCAGCACAGGGUGCAUAUGUUGUCGAGACCUCUACACCCGUGUGCCCAAGCCUGGUGUCUUCCUGCAAGAUUGUCAAGCCAGUCAUGUGGUGGUGUAGCUUUUUUUUUUAGUUGCAGGUGGCUAUAUCUUAUGCUCCUUUACACAUUCACUGCCACUCACGUCAUCGGAGUGGCUGCAGCUGCAAAGCAAAACCUGCUCCAUCUGCAGCCUUCCUGCUGAAGGUCAUAGCAAGCCCAGCAGCCAGUGAGGGCUUAUUACUGUUUACUUAGGGGACACUCUUGAGUUGCCAGUUGCUGGAGUGUCCCUUUAAGACCAAGGACCUGACCCUGAUGUCGCUUGCUUUGGUGUAAAGUUCAAGUAACUGCCCUGAGAUCAGUGUGAGCGAGAUCAGGAUCAGCAGGGCCCCGGUUUCAUGGAACUGCACCGGGGAAUAGAGCCUGACGUGCACACUACAUAUGGCAAGAGUGCAAUGGAAAAGAUCAUUGUAUAUAGAACUUACUCUGGUGUCUGAUUUCAUUACUGACACGCAGAAUCAUUGGGCUGCACCUUUUCUACCCAGCAUCGUUGCAUGCUGGAGUCUCGGGGAACGGUUUCUCUUGGCUUCAUGGCUUUGCCUUCUGCUUGAUGGAACGUUGGCAGCAAUUGAUAGCCACUACCUCCUGUUAUCAGCAGGGCUCUCCUUUUCUGCCAGCCAGCCAGCGUAAGGAUUAUUACAUCGAAUGGAACACUAAUGUGGGUGUCGCUCCCCCUGCCACUCCCACCCAUCCACAUAUGCUGCUCUUGGCCUCUAGGCAGUCCUGAUUGAUCACUGAGGGGUGUCUCUUCUCCAUUUCCCCAGGUAGAAGUGGCAGUUCAAGUUAACCUCAGCACUGCAUCAACCCCCCCCCUCACACCAUGUAAAAAUACUAAUGUCAGAAUUAUUGCUAAUGGGACAUGUACUGUUGGGAGCGAUAACUUGUAGUCUGUCCCCUCUUCCCCCACCUCCAUUUAAAAGCUCUUUCUGUUGUCAGCCGAGUUGAUGCAACACUAUACAGCUCCAGGGGUUGGCUCAGUGGGCACUCUUGCACAGAACACAAUAUAGAUUCAAUAUAACUUUGCAGAGCACUUGGAUAACACGGGAUUAUUUGCUCUCUGAAUAUUAGCAGCUCGCUGCUGGCUCAGAAGAGGGGGAAAAUGGUUUUGUUUGUAGUAACUGCCUUGGCCAUAUGAUCAUGUUUCGAGUGAUAUUGUAGAAGUGGCCAUAUCUCCUUUUGGAGCUCCUGGUCGCAUUUGACAUGCAUAUCAUGCUGUCCCUCUUCACUCCCAGUGGGGCUCCAGUUCUGGUGUGGUACCACAUCUCCAAUCAAGGGAAUGAAAAGGGCAUUUCAUGGCAGAGCAGAGGGAAGGAGUGCAUGACAUGCCCAUCUGCAAUGGUAAAGAAACCCGGGACAAAAUUCCACUUUAGAUUUACCCCUGUGUAACCAGAGUAACUCCAUUCACAGUCAAUGGAGUUACGCUGGCUUUACCCCUGAUGAGAGCAGCAUUUGGUCCCUGGUGUUAGAAUGAAUGGUUGACCUGGCAGUUCAAGUAGCUGUGAAUUUAGACUGCAAUCAGUGCUGAAGUCCUCACAUUUGAGGUGCUUGUAGAUUCUUAUGAUCAGGACGUUGUUCACAUUUUUUUUGGACUAGCUUAAAUGUUGGGCCUUUCUGCUAUAUUUAAAUGAAAAUAAAGGGGUGGGGAGCAGGGUGCAUUUACCUGGGGUUACACUUAUCCAUGGAAUGACUGAAUAAUUGUGGAGCGAAGUGUAUUUUGACAUAAGGUAGUCACAGCCAGCAUAGGACUGGAUGAUCAGUGAGACCUACCAUUUGACUUCUACAUUGUCAGCAGGUCAGUGACCAGGAAAAGUGUAUGUGUAACUAUAUCUAAUCUGUUGUGUGUGUUUUUCGUGUCAGCAUGUGUAUAUAUAUAUAUUGCCAGCACACAGUAUGUAUAUCUGCCCAGUGAAAGAACUUAUUUGUAUUUGGUGCUGUACCUGGAUCAUGUAUUCUGUUAUUUUAUUCAAUAAAUAAGGUCUAUUUUUAUUUUA